CCGGUUAUUAAGCUUGUUAAACUCCAUUCUCUCCCACUUGGCAUUUUGAAAACUCUAUCACCACUUACUCAUACCAAUUUUGUCGCUACCUGUGUCUGCUCCUAAUAAUAUCUCUUUUUAAGUCUCCUGCCGCAGCAGCCAGAAGCACAACAAGAGUGUUCAUCUCAUCAAACACACCUUUUUGCGAGUGAUGAUGAUGGGUCAAUUCAAGGAAAAGCUUGUGAGUUUAUACAGAAGCAGAUGGCUGGUGUUUGUGGCUGCAAUGUGGUUACAAUCAUGGGCAGGGAUUGGGUACUUGUUUGGGAGCAUAUCACCAGUCAUCAAAGAGUCCUUAAGCUACAACCAGAAGCAACUUGCCAUGGUUGGUGUAGCUAAGGACCUUGGUGAUUCCGUUGGCUUUGUAACUGGAAUCCUCUGUGAGAUCUUGCCCCUUUGGGCUUCUCUACUAGUUGGUGCUCUUCUCAAUCUUAUUGGCUAUGGUUGGGUUUGGUUGAUUGUUACUGCUAGAGUUCCAACUCUUCCCUUAUGGGCUAUUUGUGUUCUCAUAUUCAUCGGAACAAAUGGUGAAACCUACUUCAACACAGUUUCUCUAGUAUCUUGUGUGCAAAACUUCCCCAAAAGCCGGGGUCCAGUGGUCGGAAUUCUGAAGGGCUUUGCAGGACUGAGUGGUGCAAUCUUGACACAAAUAUAUGCAGUGAUCCAUUCCCCUGAUCAUGCAUCAUUGGUAUUUAUGGUUGCUGUUGGUCCAGCAUUGGUAGGAGUAGGUCUAAUGUUCAUUGUUAGACCUGUAGGAGGUCACAAACAAGUGCGUCCGACGGACGGCAAAAGCUUCACAUUUGUCUAUGGAGUGUGCCUCCUAUUGGCUGCUUAUUUGAUGGGAGUCAUGGUUGUCCAAGAUCUAGUUUAUGUGAGCAAUCCUGUAAUCAUGACUUUCACAAUCAUCCUGUUCUUGAUUCUCUUUGUUCCAUUCAUCAUUCCUAUCGCAUUAGUUUUCGGUCCGGAUAAAAAAUCUCCAGAGGAAGAGGCACUGCUUCCAGAACCAGAGAAUAAAGAUCUAGGAAAGUCACCACAGGAAUCCGAGGAAGUGCUAUUAAGUGAGCUGGAAGACGAGAAGCCUAAGGAAGUGGACUUGCUUCCUGCAUCAGAGCGGCGAAAGCGUAUCGCGCAAUUGCAAUCAAAGCUACUCCAAGCAGCUGCUGAAGGAGCAGUGAGAGUCAAGAGGAGGAGAGGACCACACAGAGGGGAGGAUUUUACUUUGAGACAAGCUUUGAUUAAGGCAGAUUUUUGGCUUCUUUUCAUUUCCAUGAUCAUGGGCUCGGGAUCCGGCUUGACUGUGAUUGACAAUCUUGGUCAGAUGAGUCAGUCUCUUGGAUAUGACAAUACACAUAUCUUUGUCUCACUCAUCAGUAUUUGGAACUUCCUCGGCCGUGUCGGAGGGGGCUACAUAUCUGAGCUUGUUGUAAGAGAUCAUGUCUAUCCAAGACCAGCUGCACUAGCUGUAUUUCAACUUAUUAUGACCGUCGGCCAUCUUUUCAUCGCGAUGGGAUGGCCGGGGUCAAUGUAUAUCAGCACUCUACUGAUUGGACUUGGUUAUGGAGCUCAUUGGGCGAUUGUUCCGGCCACUGCCUCUGAAUUGUUCGGGUUGAGAAACUUUGGUGCAUUGUACAAUUUCAUCACUCUAGCAAACCCUGCAGGAACACUUGUCUUCUCAAGUCUUAUAGCAAGCAGAAUCUAUGAUUAUGAGGCAGAACAGCAAACUCAAGGAGAUCAUCAUUUUCCAAAUUUAGGAUCGGUCAUGGCGCGUGCGCUUAAUGAUGGCAAGCCACUAACCUGUAAUGGCUCCAUAUGCUUUUUCAUAACUUCCAUGAUCAUGUCUGGACUCUGCAUCGUUGCAGCAAUCUUAUGCAUGAUUCUUGUGUUCCGAACAAGGAUCGUUUAUGCAAACCUAUAUGGAAAAUCUUCUUCCCGCAACCUCCGAUAAAUCAAGUUUUCUUGUAAUAAGCUCCACUUUUUUGUGUUGAAUUCUUGCUUUCAGAGACAAAAAAAGUAAAGUAUAUUUUUUUUUUCUUUGAAGUUUGUUAAAAGUUUUUAAAAUAUUUUUAAGUUUUAUUUUCUUUUAAUUUUGUCUUAAAAGUUUUCGAAUUGCAUCAAAUAUAUCCUGAUAGUUAAUUUUUUAAAAAAUUUAGGAUCAAUUCAGCAACAAUUUCACAAAAACAAUCUUCAACACAAAUAAAUUGGACAUAGUUGUCAUGUAUUAUUAUUGGAUUAGUCUUAAAUUUUUUGAAAAUUUAGCUAUCAUGGAUAUAUUUGAUACAAAUCGAAAAUUUCAGAGACAAAAUUAAAAUAAAAUAAAAUUUAUAGAUAUUUUUAAAAUUUUUGACAAACUUCAUAAACAAAAAUAUAUACUUUACGCCAAGGAAAAAAAAAAAUGGGAGUUCGGACUGCCUGUUUGGCUGUUUCAGUAUAUUUAUUUACAGAAGGUGUAUGAGGGUGGAUACCAAAGAAGAGAGAGUUUAACAACAGGAAAGCCAUGUUUGGCCGAAUACCAUAGUUGUGACUUGUGAGUAUUCUUUUUCUCAUUAUUUGAGUUGUAUACUUGUAUGUUUUUCCUUUUUGAAGCUAAUGUUUGAUUGGCUUAAAUUUGUUGCUUAGAAAACUAAAUAUUAUGUGCAAGUGGUUCUGCUGA